CAGAUCUAGCUUGACCACAACGAGCUUCUAUACUUUGGCUUGGAAAAAUUUUGGAAAAAAAUGAGUACCAAGGAGCAUCAAUAUAAGUAAGUAAAUAUGAGUCGCGAGGACAGUGCAGAAUUGCCUUCACUCAUUUGGUCUGGCUUGAACAGUUUUUGCUUGAUUUUGGAAGAUCUAUAUCCACAAAACAGUGGCUUCGCCGAUUUUCAUUUGAUCGAACAACUUUCGCAGACAGCUAUACCUUCACAUUUUUUUGCGGGCCGAUAUGUUGAUGGCUUGUUUCGUCGCGCACCUACUAGGCCCGCACGGCAUUCAUUCUAACAACAAGAUCUGCAGAGGACGUCGUGUGUUUUUUUAUGCCUGUGAAUUAUAUCCUCGAAUGUUGUCCGUUUUAUUUCAUAGGCUGAGAUUCUGAUCGGAAAGCCAAAGCAAGGCUCCCCUUAUUUGUCUUCUACAAUUCUUUCAUAAGUAGAAUUUUUCAUUUCUCCAACUCAGCGAAAGGACAUAAAAGCAGCAGGCACAGCUAGGAAACUGCGCAACUUUUGUUCUCUUUCCUCGCAUUACAGGUUUGAAGAGAUGACAUAUAGAUACAAAAAGGGCCUUUACAAAUUGCAUAACUAAGAGGACAUAAAAGACACGUAGCAGAAGGUAAAUUUACACUCAGUUUUUAUUUUUAUCGACUAUGGAAAGGGGUCCUGUUGCCAGCGGUCUCAGGAACGUUGUGUAAUAUCCGCCCCAGUUCCAUAGUCACAGGAAGCUACAGAAGAAAUCAAACCUUACGAAGCAAGCAAAACCGAUGUUAAAUCUGACAGUUUGAUCUUAUCUAAAAUGCAAAAUUUUUCUACACUUUACAAUCAGAGCCAGCUGACAAAAAACGCAUUACAAAUUUAUCGUAUGACAAAUUCAUGUGAAAGCUCCGUAGUAUCUUUAUAUUUGCGCUACUACUUGUAUAUGCACAAGGGAGGUCGGUUCUUUCACAUAAGUUUUCCGAUCCUGGCAAGAAAAAUAGAUACGAUCAAACAGAGGGAAAGCUGCAAGGGAAAAAGGAGGCUGCGCUAUAUGAAUUACGCUCUUGGACCUUCACGAAAACGAACAGGGCUCCGAAUUCGCCGCACAUUAUUGGGCUCAGCUUUUUGUUGGGUUUAGGACGGUGCUCAAGGCGAGGAGAAGGAGUUUUUUCGUGGAUACCCUAAAAACAACAGCUUGAAUUUGGAAAACCGAACGACGAUGGAC